UAUUAGCAAACAGACCUCAGAGACUGAGCUCCCCUUUUAAUCACAGAAGUUGUUGUUCUCUUUCAGUGUCAGUGGUUGUUGUUCCAGCCCAGGCUUUUAUACGUGUUAUUCCUGGACUAAGGAAAACUUGAAGCUGCUUGCCCUGCAAUACUAAAUUUAUGGAUGAGGAGACAACUUCAGCCUGCCAGUAUGUUCUUGAGGAAGAAGUGCAGAUAUGGAUCACGUAAGCUGCAGUUUCUCUUGUUGUUUCUGAUGCUGGGUUUUCUGCUACUGAUGGUUACAACACUGAAUCCACCACCCAGCAGUCAGAGCAAGGAAGGGACUUUCCAGCCUGUGGAGUUCAACCCCCGGGAAGGGUAUCAGAUGGACUUUGUGGAGACCCAAGAGAUGCUGGAAACCCAGGAGAGCCAGCAGUAUUACCCUUUGGACGGUCUAUCGCCUUUCAUCUCCCUGCGGGAGGAUGAGUUGAUCAUGGCCGUCGUGUCGCCCACCGGCAAAAGGAACCACAGCAAGGCCAGGAAGGGCUAUCGCGUGGUGAAGCAGCAGAGCCGGCGGCCGGAGGGGAAGGCAGAGGGGGGCCCCGAGUCCCAGCCGCUGCCCCUUCCCCUGCAGGACGGGCAGGGGGCGGCCGCGGGGGAGCGGCCGCUCGGCCUGGAGACCCACGGCUUUAACGAGGUGCUCAGCGAGCGGAUCGCGCUGCGCCGGGACCUGCCUGAGGUACGACACCCGUUGUGCCUACAGCAAAAAUAUGACUCCAGUCUGCCUACUGCUAGUGUCAUCAUCUGUUUCCACGAUGAAGCCUGGUCUACUCUGCUGAGAACUGUGCACAGCAUUAUGGAUACAGCCCCAAAGGCCUUCCUCAAGGAUAUCAUCCUAGUCGACGAUCUCAGCCAGCAAGGGCCCCUGAAGUCAGCUCUGAGUGAAUACAUCUCUAAGCUGGGUGGUGUGAAGCUCAUCCGGAGCAACAAGAGGCUUGGAGUUAUCCGAGGUCGGAUGCUCGGAGCUGCACGGGCUAGCGGGGACGUGCUCAUCUUCAUGGAUUCACACUGCGAGUGUCAGAAGGGCUGGCUGGAACCCCUCCUGGCCAGGCUCUCCAGCAACCGAAACAGUGUCGUCUCCCCUGUCAUAGAUGUCAUAGACUGGAAGACCUUCCAGUACUAUCACUCGGUGGGCUUGCAUCGAGGUGUUUUUGAUUGGAAAUUAGAUUUUCAUUGGGAACCAGUGCCAGAGCAUGAAGAGAAGGUACGACAGUCUCCCAUCAGCCCUAUCAGGAGUCCUGCAGUAGCUGGUGCAGUGGUGGCCAUGGAUCGACAUUACUUCCAAAACACUGGAGCUUAUGAUUCUGACAUGACCACGUGGGGAGCAGAAAACCUGGAACUAUCUAUUAAGACCUGGCUCUGUGGUGGCUCUGUAGAAAUUAUCCCAUGCUCCCGAGUUGGGCAUGUCUAUCGCAAUCACUUCCCGAGUGCUUUCUCCUAUGAAGAGGCCAUUGUGAGGAACAAAAUCCGAAUAGCAGAGACAUGGCUGGGCUCGUUUAAAGAGAACUUCUACAAGCAUGACACAGUGGCUUUCUUAAUCAGCAAGGCAGAGAAGCCAGACUGCAGCGAGCGCCUUCAGCUACAGAAGAGACUGGGCUGUAGAAAUUUCCAAUGGUUUGUAUCAAAUGUGUACCCUGAACUCUCCCAGCCUGGAGACACACCAAGAUUCUCUGGCAAGCUUUACAAUACUGGUGUUGGCUUCUGUGCAGAUUACAGGCCUGGAAGAGCUACUCUAGAAGGCUCUAUUGAACUCUCCCCUUGCAGUGACAGUCUCACACAGCACUUUGAAUACAACAGCAUGAAGGAAAUCUGGCUUGCUUCUGCUCCGCUGCUUUGCUUUGAUGUCAGACAUGGGAAGGUGAUCCCCCAAAACUGUACAAAGGAGACAGACAACAGCAACCAGCAUUGGCAUGUCCAGGAGAAUGGAAUGAUUGUCCAUGUCCUUUCUGGCAAAUGCAUAGAGGCAGCAAAGGGUGAAGAUGAAAAGGACUUAUUUCUGUAUGCAUGUAACAAGAAUGCAAAUCAGCUAUGGCAAUUUGAACGUUCCCAUGGGCUACGUCAGAGGUGACUGACAGGUCUCUGCAGAGGUCAAGUCUCCAAAGUUUAAUAUUACUUUUGCUUGGGAUUUAAGAUGCAUUUCCUGCAAGGACAAGAAAGAUGUCUGUGUUUGCUGUAGCAUGCUAGGAAAUCAGGAAUGUCCCUUGUUUGAAAGCCUGGCUCCUGGUUAAUCCAGCUCUAGCUAAAAUCUCUAUUUAUUCUGUGAAGCAGGGAAUAGAGAGAUUGUGAGAAUCAAUAAAUUCUCAACUCUGCUAUUGCAGAAGACAGUAAAGUUUGCCCUUUGAAGGAAACAUGGAAAAUUGGCUGCCAGACAGCUUGUCUUCAGUAUAUGCUGUGACUUCUGAGGAUACAGGAAAAAAAGUGAGAUUUUUGAAACUGUCAGAGGAAGCCAGCCAAACCAGGACAAGAGUUUAGCCUUCUUUAAUAGUGCCCUCGACUCAUAUAAAACAAAGUAGGUUUUGUAUGUAUAAAAGUAAUAGAUGUUUCCACAUGUAAUGGCAAAAAUUUUGUUUUCCAAUUAGCCUGAGCCAAAUUUCUACUCUAUAUGAGAUUACACAGAGCAUAAAUUAACACUUAAUUAAGCACUAAAUGCUCUAAUUGACUUGGACUAUUAACAGUCCUCAGUGUUUGGCACACCCUUGUCCAUAGUCUAAUUUGGAUGAGAGAAUGAAAUAUUAACAACUUUUUGUUGUUUUAAUUAUAUUUAAGGACAAUUCCUCAGGAAACUUUUCUGGCAGUAAGGAGGGUAACAACUUCUCUGCUUAUUUGGGAAUAGAAAGACUUGGUGGCAUCCAUUUGCUCUUGUAAAGCUAUGGGAUGAGCUUACUAUUAUUAUUAUUAAUACUAUUAUUAUUAUAGUAACAGAAGUGCUGGCUGAAAACAGCAAGUGAAGGGAAACAGCCAGUUUCAACAGUGGCUACCUAGGAAGAAAAUACUGGUUUGCUUCCAUUUGCUUGCAGCCUGAGUUAAGUCUUUCAAGCUGUCAGUUUUAGCCAAGAAGAUUGUGUAGAUUCUUGCUGCCGUGUGUCUUCAAGGUGAUCCUGAAAAGACCGAAUUCUCUAAAGAAGCUUCUUCUGUAGAGCCUGCAUUGCUGCUGACCUGCUGUCUUUCAAAGGAGUGAAUGAGAGAUGAGGUUAAGUAACAAGAAUGGUCUCACACAAGUAUGAACUCAUCAAGCAAACUUCCAUUUCAGUAUCUCAAUAGGUUACUUUCCUUUUUGAAGAUAAAGUCAAUGAUGACAUUAUCCAAGAGCCUGCUAACACAGAAGAACAAAGAUUUGGGAGUCUUCCCACAUCAACACCAGGUCUGAUUUAUAAUAUAAAUCAAUCAUAAUCCUAUGUACAUAUUAAAGGGGGAGGGCAUCAUUAAUGAAAUUCACUUAGGUUUUGAAUUCUUUUCAAGAGACAGAAAAUUGUGUGGUUUUGUUUUGGUUUUCUAAUGUACAGCACACUGUUUAAACUUCAGAGAAAGGAAGGAGUAACAGAUUAUUCUGCUUAGAGCCUUGCAGUCACCUGCUCUAAGUAGAUCAUAAUGAAUAAGCAUAUAAAAUUGGUUACAACAGAGGACAUGAAGACUAUUCUCUGUUGUGUUGUCCAAAACAUCUCCCAGUGUCUAACUCUCUGUCUACUUUGAGUGCUACAGACUCCACCCUGUGUUCAGGCAUGACUCCAAUUAUCUUGAUCACCACUUAUGCUUUCUUUGAUAGCAUCAGAAUCUAUUACUAUUUCUGCUGUGUCAUUUAAAAUUUCCUGUGACAUUCUGGAAAAUGCUUUAGUUUUCAGCUAAGAUGAUGAUAGCAACAUCUUCCAGAACACCAAGUGAUCCCUGACCAUUGCCCAAAUCUAGGGUGAGAAAAGAGAAUUUUUUUAAUUGCAGAAAAGCUGAGUAAAAUGCUGAUCUGAUGAAAUGUGAUUCCUUUAUUUUAAAUUAUGAGUAUGCCAUAUUUUUAAAUUAUGUAUUAUUUAUUAUCUUUUGGAUACUACACUAGGAAUAUAAUUCCUUCAGAAUUUAGGUAAAUGUUUAAAAAAAGUGUAUACAAACAUAGUAAUUGAUCACAAGUUAUAUUUAUCACAAAGAAGAAUCAAAAUAUUUUUGGUUUAGAGAGGAAAUGUUUGGAAUUUCAGAGACAUGGACAUCUUCAUUUAUACUACUUUUUAACAUAAUGGUAAAAACCUAGAAAAUAAGGUUUGCUGUAGCUAUAUGUACAAUAGAAAAAUAUGUUACCUAAUACCUCUUUGAAAAAUGAAAUGGAAAUCUAUGGUGCAGUACCAUUUAGAAAAUAAUUGUUAAGGCACUUGUUUCACUUAGUAAUGGAGUAAGUGUGUGUUUGGUUUCCAAGGGAACUAAAUUCCGGAGCAUAGGCCAGAAGGGAGCUACAAGGUGGUCUAGGAAGUCUCUGUAGCGAGGCAGCCAGGGGACAUGGAUUGAGGAGUACACUUCCCUCUCAUAUGAACAUAACUUACUACACACAAGUUUAAAAAACCCAAUAGAAUGCGUCUAUCCCUGUUUUUCCAAUUUUCCUUCCUAUAUGGCUUUUAAAUGGACUGGUUGGUUGUACCAAUACUAUUUCCUCAUUGUGGUCAUUUAGACUCUGCCCCUGUGGUUACAUCCAUCAGCUAAACUCUUCUCAUGGAACUGGGCUCAACAAAGAGUGGUGGCUCAGUGUGCUGGUAUGUUUUCCUCAUUUUUACCCAUCUUUCAUGCAAUACUAGCACACAAUGAUGCUUUAAGCACCACAAAACAUGGAAUUACUUUCAGUUCUCUAUUUACACAAGGUCAAUAUUUCAGGUUUCACAAAUUCCCACGACAGGAGAGAAACGUAAGGACAAAAUGUUUAAUGCGAGAAUGAAGCAGUUUAAACUUUGAAUGCCUCCAAAGCAGAGCCUCAGGCAAGAGCAGAGGAAUUCCAGCAUAACAUAAAUAAAUAUCUUAUAGUGUAACUCCACCUGUUUCUUUGAAUUUCGCAACCCAGACACAGUGAGUGCUUUGAGCCAAACCCACCCAUGAAGCUGAGCUAAAAGGUCAGAUUCAAGAACAGGUCACCUUUUGGUUGACAGCAUUUACUAAACAGCCUAGUUUAUUCCUCUCCCAGCUCAUGGUAAGUGGAAGAAAAUAAAGAUUUGAAAUAUUCUUCAAAGUACUUUUAAACCGAGGCCCAGUUGAUGCAGUUGGUGUUGGCCGUAGGCUGGGGUUUUUCCUGCUAAGUGAAGUGCCAUCACUGGCACAGAGAAACAAUGCCAGCAUUUCUCUCCAUGUGUUAACCUGAGGUCUAAAUGGGAAAGGAAGGUUUAUAUCAACCUUCAUGCUAAAUCCUGUAGCACAGAAAUAUUGAGGGUAGCUCUCAUUCCACAUAUAAGUGCUUCCAGGUCCUGCCUUGAAGAUGUUCAUUGACUGUAAUACUGUCUGCUGAUUAAAAUGCAAUAGUUUCCAUUUCUGAUAUCCCCAGGAAAGAAUGGAGCUAUGUUCAGGCAUCCUAGACAAGAACAGUGACAGCCUAGGUUCCCAUAACAGCUAGAAGGUGACAUGUGAGUGAGAGCUUUCAGAUUCUGACUUUGUAUCUCAUUUUAUCUCAAGCAGUUUGAUUCAAACUGCGAACAUAUUGGAAGAGAGUAAAAAAUGAAUGUUUUGCUAAUAGGUAACAUGUUUUUAAGCUCAUGUUUUUAAGCUAUGCAAACAGCACGUGUCUGCCCUGAAUAAAGUGUAUCAGUGCACAGAGAAACAUGUUUUUAUUUCCUUCAUUGUGUUAUGAUUUGUCAAUGCCUUGUUUUUCUCAUGGUGCAGCAGAGCUGGUCUGCAAAAAACCCAGUCAGAAAGCAUCCAGUGGCAAUAGCCUCAUUCAGCCAUCUCCUGAGAGUCUUACAGAAAUAUACAGGAGGACUUGUCCGUGUCAGCAUCUUAGAGGGGGGUUGAUUUUGCAGAUCUUUGCCAUAAUUUCCAUUGGUUUCAUUGAAAAGGUCUGAAUAAGAACUCCAAAUGCAAAGUCCUGGGAACUCUGGCACACCCUUCAGGCAGCUCACAGCUGCUUAUUCACCAGGUGGUUUGGAAGGAUUACAUCCCUUAGUAUUGUAUUUUUCAUGGUAUUUUUUCACUUCUUAUUAUGCUAUUAGGUGAAAACUGGGGGGUUUUACAGUCUCUUUCUUAUCAUUUAAUGAAAUGUAAUAAUUACACAAAAAAUUAAUUGCAGCACUGAAAGAAAAUCAACUGGUACUUUGAUGUAUCAGGAGUUCAAGAUGGAGAACAUCAGAUAUUUAUACCUGGGCACAAGCCCUUGGGAGGCUGCUUCUGUCAAUCACCCUUUGUACAUCUGGUUUGGGAUUACUGAAAAAACCAAAAGUGAUCAAAAGCUAUAGCCAAAUCAAAAUGCUUGAUGCAAACGUCCUACAGAGACAACAGGUCAUUGCAUUAGUGUAGUCUUCUUUUGCUUUCCCUCUUACUAGCACACACUUUGCCUGCUUAGAAAUCAAGACCCAAGCAGUAAACAGAGUUUAAUAAUCAAACUAUUUCAAGCAGGCAGAUGUAUAGAAUUCAUCAUGUCAAUUAAAAAAUUAGUCUUGCAGUAAAUUUCAUAUCGAACAAUAAGCCCCUGGCUUUCUGUUGUUUUACCUAUUUUGCGUAUGUGCCAUACUCAUCAAAAACUUAUCAUUUGUGGUGCAAAGAGCCGCCUUCACUUACAAAUCAGUUAACAAACCACAGAGCCUGGAAGAACACUUAGUCUGGCUGAGCACUGAUGCUCCCUGAGCCCAUGCAGUCCAGCUGAUGGAUCCCUGGCUGCCACAGCAAGAUCCCAGACGGUGGCAAGAGCCACUCCUUCAGGGCAGUUUGCUGUUGAUUCCUUUGCUUGCAGAAGCAAAGGAAACAUUAAUUUCCUCGUGCAGCAACCUGUGGUCAGUUUGUGGUGUCUGCAGAGACUUGCACACGCACAAGCCCAGGAACACAGCCUGCUGCUGACGCUAAGGAAAUAACUUCGAGUUUUGCGGUUUCGGCUCCAGCUCCUGCUGCUGGAACAACCUUCUGUGUGCAGCCCGUGACAGAACUCUUAAGAUUCUCUAGUGCCAAGAACAACUCUUAAACCAGCAACAAGAGGAAAGGGUGAAACAAAAUAGGUCUUGACACUGGAAAAGAACUUGAUAAGCAAAAUAAGAACAAUGAGGCCAUAAUUUGCUAAUUACAAGAUGUCCAUCUUUUCUAUAAAAUAUACAAUUUUGGCGAUUUCAUUCAAGAUUACAUGUAACAUGAUGCUAAGACUUGACAGAUAGUGGUGAUUCCGUUUUGAGGAGUUUCCAAGGUUUCUGAAUUUGGUUUCAGUAUGAAACAAGACCCACCAUUUCCUUUGCUCUCUGGAACAGAGCUGGGAUGCUCACAUAGGCAGUGAUGAGAGAGGUCCCCAGGUCAGGCUGCCCAUGAAAAGGUGCUGGGCUCUGCUUCCUUGUUGCCCCUCAUAAGAACCUUUUCCUCUAGGCUAUCUUGCUUUCAAUACACUGGCAAAUUUUGAUGAAAAAUUGUUUUUCUGGAUUUUUACUGCUAGCUCUUUGAACGUGUCUACAACAAUUACAUGCCAGCAAAGACUGCAGACUCAGCAAAAUGAGGAAAAUCAAUAUUUGAUUUUUAACAGAGAGAAAGAAUAAAGAGGCAAAUGAGAAAAGGAGAAUUUAAUUUCAGUUCCCAAGUACCUCCAUCCAUUUCUUUCCAUGGCACUGGAGCACUGGAGAACAACACAAGUGGGCUACUACGACAACAGAAGCCUCAAGUUUGUAUUGCAAGUACUGGUUCCUAAUGACAUGCCUGACAGGCCUUUUUAUAUUUUCAUUUUCCUUCCUAACAUGGGAGCAGUGAAAAUGACAAUGGGGAUGGAUCAUGAAAUGACGGUCAACCUCAGUGGCAGAAUUGAACCAGGUACAUAAAACAAACAAUUGACAAUCUCUGACUGGAGUUCAAAGUUAGGCCACUUGGUUUACCAGCAGAUGUUGCUGCGUUUAGUAGCUAUUAACUGUAGAAAAGGUUUUGAAGUUUGUGAUGUAAUUUUUUUUAAAAAACGAAAUCUUUAUUCUCAGUCUAGGCCUCUGUAACAGUGUCAGAUUUUAUGUGGAUUUUAUUUAACAUCAUGUUGAUGUUGCAUUGAUUUAAAUAAAGUCACAGCUAUCG